UUGUUGAUCUGUGUUGAGGAUCUCGCUCGCGCCGAGGCUGCGCGUGGUCCUCGUGGUCUCGAGGGUCGCCGGAACUUCGGACCAGACAUACUUAACGCAAGACCGGACUAA